CAUCUCAUUUCUAUAAUUUCUAAAAUUAAAAUUUCUUAUUUUUUACAUUUUGUUUCAGUAUUGUUUUUCUAAAUUUGCAUUAUUAUUGUCUCUUUUCGAAUUCCAGUCAAUUUGGUGGAUUUCAUUGCUUAUAAUUUAUAAAAUGAGUUCCACUGCAUCUGUAGCACUAUUUGCUUGUUCUCGUUGUUUUUCGAGACAUCCUUUUGAAGAACUCUCACCUGGAGAACAGCUUUGUAAGGAAUGCCGUGGCUCUUUUCCUGUUGUGAAAUGCACGUAUUGUCGUUCCGAGUUUCAACAGACAAGUAAAUCUAAUACUUCUUCAAUCUGCAAAAAAUGUGAAGCAAAUGUGAAAGCUUAUGGCAAGCCCACAGCUUGUGAAUAUUGCAACAUUAUAGCAGCUUUUAUUGGUAAUAAAUGUCAGCGCUGCACUAACUCUGAGCGCAAGUUUGGCCCUGCUGUUACAUGUGAGCAAUGCAAGCAGAGGUGUGCGUUUGAUCGACAUGACGAAAAGAAGGUGGAUGGAAAGCUGCUUUGCUGGCUUUGUACUCAAUCGCUUAAAAGAGCCCUGGCCAGAACCAAGCAGCACCUAUCUUCCGUGGAUAAGCACAAGCAUAGAAGCCACAAGUCCAAAAGCAGCCACAAAGACAAGCGUAAAUCUGAUAUGAUGAAGUCUAUGAACUCCAACGAUCACAACGAUUCACAACCCCUAGAAAAGAAGUCCAAACUGAAUCCUCUACAAGGUGAGCUGAUAGAUCCAAACAGUUCCGAUCAUGUGGUGGCCAUGACUCAGCUGAAAGAGACUAUUGCAAGUCUGCAGAAGAAAGUCCAGCAGAAAGAUAUGGAAUUACUGUCCAAAGACAAAUUGAUUACUGAAUUGAAAGCCCAGCACCACAAUGAUACAACUGAUCUACGAAAUGAAAUGAAGAAUAAGGAGCGUCUCAAUGAAACUAAGUUUAACCUUAUGAAUACAAAGAUACAGAAUUUGCUGAAGGAGGUGGCUACUCUUAGCAAGUCCGCUAAGAAGAACAACAAAAUCACCAAAAACGCUCUCGCCAAUGCGGAGAACAGUGGUAGCGGCACGGACAGCCCUAGCACUAAUUAGGAAAAUUUUAAGAAAAUUACUUAAGUUGUAAGUGAUGCUGUGGAAUAUAUUUCCCUAUUAUUUUUUUAUCCUACAAAUGAUUUCAUUUGUGGCUUUUUAUAAUCGUAAGUAGUGUUCAAUUUAGUUAUUAUUGUAGGUAAGGGCUCAUUCACAUCACGUCACGGCAUAAAUGAGACAGGUCAAACAUCCAAUGACUAAACAUGGAAAACUUUAAAAGAUCCCCCAUCUUUAGGUGCGAAAAAAAAUACAUCCCCAUUAUGUCUGGGGAAGUACCCCUAAAAAUAUCUGAUCAGUGAAACUUUCGCGUGACGUAAUACGUGGAUAGCCCCUAUGUGUUGAUUAAUUGAUUUAACCAGUAUUCGUAGUUACGGGUUGGGACCACGCCCCAACAGAGACAUCUGUAAUGAUGAAUUUUCGGUAUUCCAUUUUACACCAUCUAUUAGAAUCUUGUGUGCCUGGUUUCUGGUGAUUUCGAUAGUUUCUCAAUUCAAUAGCGCUUUAAUUGAUUGGCCAACAUCAAAAAGUGAAUCACCAAUGCUAGUGAAAAGAUGAACUCCUGUCAAAAACUCCAGAAACCUGGCAUUUAUCUGUGAAUAUGUGAUCUUUAUUUAUUUUAAUUGUAUCUGACGUUGU